CCAAAUGAUUGACCUCGAACUCGAACGCUUAGAAUUCGAUUUAACUUCAACAUAGAAAGAUAGAUUUAGGAAUACACUACGUUAUAAUAGUUUACGUGUUAAGUGACGAGUUUCUGUUUUUAUAGUAUCAAUUAAAUUUUAUUUAGUUGAUACUACCAAUUACUACAUUACUACAAAUUUUGAAGCGAGUUAAAAAUUUAAUCUUCUUCCUCUCAUUUGCUAAAACUUAAUGUUUGUUUUGUUAGAUAUUUCGUAUGGAAUUAACAUUCCUAAAUAUUGUUUAUAUUGUACAUGGAUGUGAUAAUUGUACAUGGAAUGUACAGCUAAUCAUAUACAAGAAAAAUAUAUAAGCCUAUGUGAUUUUAAAGUUUUUGGAUUUGUGGAUGGCUGUAAUUUUGAAGACUGAAGUCAGUUUUAACGUUUAAGAAACAUAAGUAAAGUAAAGUUACCAAAAAUUAGAAUAAAGGUGGAUUAUUGUUAUUAAAAUGACAGUGGAAAGUGACUACGUUCGUCUCGGUGUCAGCAAUGAAGAGGAUGGUCAGCCACAGAAGCCACAAAGGAGAAGUCUGUGGAGGCACUGGAAGAUGCUGUCAAGGUUCCAGCGUAACUUGGUUACCAUGGUGUUGGUGGCGGUGGUGGUAACCCUGGUAUACUACUGGGGUCUCAAGGAGCAGGUUCAGCUAGAAGAGAAGAAGGAAGAGCUGAUGAACCCUCAGAUACACCAGCCGUUACCUCAACACUUGGAUCUGGAGGAUAGCCAAAUCAUCCAAACGGAAAGUACAACAACGAAAGUGGUAGUAACUUUCACUCCUUUCCUACCUGUGACUGAAGUUAUAACAAUGAUCGUGACAGAAACUAUCAAUCCUCUUCUGCAAGUGACUGAAGGUACAACAGUGUACAUGACGGAAACUGUCAAUCCUCUCCUACUUGUGAGUGAAGGUACAACAGUGAACGUGACGGAAACUGUCAGUUCUUUCCUACCCGUGACUGAAGAAACAACAGUGAACGUGACAGAAACUGUCAAUCCUCUCCUACCUGUGACUGACAUUCCAAGUGUCCAGUUCAUACCAGUACCAGACUGGUCUAUUAUCAACAGACCAGAUUUGAAACCAAUAGAUGAAUGGUUAAAAGAAGAAGAAGAAGAACAAAGACUCAAUGACCGAAGAAUAUGGGAAGAGGAAAGGCGAAAGCUCGAAGAAAAGAAAAGGGAGGCAAAGAAAAAAGUUCAAGAGAGAAUAAUAGUAGAACAACUCCGUAAACUGGAUGAAAGGCGAAGGGAAGAAGAAAAAAAAGUAAUAGAGGAGACAAAUAAGAAACGAGAGGAUAAGCUCAAAAUGAAAAUGGAAGAAAAAAAAGUGGAAGCCUAUGAAAUGUUUGCAGAAGAAUGGAGGGAGGUUGAACGAAUCAAGGAAGAACGGAGGAAAGAGGAUGAACGAUUGAUAAAGGAGGAAAUAGAGAGAAAAAAAAGAUUGGAGAGAGGAGAAAUAGUGGAAAAAGUGACAAGUAAACCAGGAAAUGGGCUAGUAGAGGGAAGAGCUUGGUCACCAGAAGAGUUGACCCUGAAAGAAGAGGAGGAGAAGGCUAAACUAGAAGAAGAAAGGCGAAGAGAACAAGAAGAAAGAAUAAGAGAAGAACAAGAAGAAAGAAUAAGAGAAGAACAAAGAAAGAGAGAGGAAGAGAGACAAAGAGAAUUGGAAAGAAGAAAGAAAGAAGAGGAAAAAAGGAAAGAAGAGGAGAGACAGAGAGAAUUGGAUAGAUUAAGGGAAGUGGAGAGAAAGCAUCAAGAAGAAAUAGAAGCUGAAGAAAAAAAGAAAAUGGAAGAGAAAAGGAGAGAGUUGGUUAGAAUGACUAUGGUAGCAGACGCGACCAAUAUACAUAACUUCAGAUUGAAGCCGGUGGAGUUUCCGCCCCCCAAAACCGAGCGUCAGAUAGCAGUGCUGGACAUGUUAAAACAUGCUUGGGCAGGCUACAAGAAAUAUGCUUGGGGACAUGAUCAUCUCAAACCUAUUAGCCAAACCUAUCACGACUGGUUCGGACUGGGUUUGACCAUUGUAGAUGGAUUGGAUACAUUAUGGAUUAUGGGCAUGAAGAAAGAGUUUAAUGACUCACAGGAAUGGGUAACUAACCGCCUGUCAGUGUCCUUCAACGAGUUUCAUGAUGUCAACUUGUUCGAAGUGACAAUUCGAGUGUUGGGAGGACUGCUCAGUGCUUAUCAUUUAUCUGGGGACCCUGUCUUCCUAGAGAGAGCUAUGACAUUGGGAGAACGAUUGAUGCCGUGCUUCACUAAGUCCCCGUCUGCCAUCCCGUACUCAGAUGUGAACCUCGCAUCUCGUUUGGCUCACUCUCCCAAGUGGAGCCCUGACAGUAGUACUUCGGAAGUCACCACCCUGCAGUUAGAGUUCCGAGACCUCAGCCGCUGCUGUCAUGACUAUACCUUUGAGGAUGUUUCAUUCCAAGUGUCGGAACAUGUACACGUUCUCGAGAAGACUGAUGGUUUAGUUCCUAUUUUCAUCAAUCCCAACACCGGCAGUUUCCAUGAGAAUACGGAGAUCAAGCUGGGGGCAAGAGGUGACAGCUACUACGAGUACCUUCUCAAGCAGUGGAUCCAGACUGGCAAAACUCAUGAUUUUUUGAAGGAUGACUACUUGAAGGCGAUAGAGGGGAUCAAGAAAAAACUUGUGAAACGCACUCCUAAGAAGGACUUGGUGUUCAUUGGAGAGCUGAGGGGCAAUGGCAGAGAAUUUGUCCCAAAAAUGGACCAUCUGGUGUGUUUUGCGCCUGGGAUGCUGGCACUGGGAGUACACCAUGGUAUGCCUGAAGAUCACAUGAAACUUGCUGUCGAUCUCAUGGAGACCUGCUACAGGACUUACGCCGAGCGGCCCACGUUCCUCGCACCAGAGAUCACUUUCUUCAACUAUAAGCCCUCGCUAGAUGAUUCUCAGCCGGACAUGUACGUCAAGACUAACGAUGCACACAACCUGCUGAGGCCAGAGUUCCUGGAGAGUCUGUGGUACAUGUGGUCACUCACAGGCAACACCACCUAUCAGGACUGGGGGUGGCAGAUAUUUAAGGCAUUUGAGAGAUACGCCAAAGUGAACAAUGGUUACACAUCACUGGGCAAUGUGAACAAUCCACUGGAUACGAGACCAAGAGAUAUGAUGGAGUCUUUCUUCCUCAGUGAGACGAUCAAAUACUUGUAUCUGCUGUUUUCUGACGAUCGGAAGCUAAUCGAUGUGGACAAGUGGGUCAUGAACACAGAGGGCCAUCCACUGCCCAUCUACACGUCGUGACACCACCUGUCAGUGACUAGGUCUGCUAAUUACUUUUAAUGUACAUCAUGAUCACAUCUAGCUUUUGUAGCCAAUAGUACAAAUUGAGGCUAUGUCGGUAAUGAUGACAGCACUCAUCUAAAAUUGUCUUUCUCUAGUGAAAAUUAAAUUUUGCAAAGUUCAAAUGUAAAGAUUAGUGAAAACUAUGUGGCUAUUUUCAUUUUGUAUCUUAGGAAUGCUUUCAACUAGAAAUAACCCUGAAAUUUGAAAACUGGAUUUUAGUAGAUUAUUAGUUUUUGGAUUAUCAUUAGCAUGUGAGAGAUUUCACUCUUGUCUGGACACAGGAGAUUGCCUUAAUUCAAAUAGUUCACUAAGUAACCGACAAUAAGCUAUUUGAAACUGUUUUUUUAUCAUAAAUUAAUAUAAAUUCUUUGUAGGAAAAACCUUAAUAUAAAAUAUAAAUUAAAAUUAUUUUACAAUGUGACAACAUAUACACUACAUGUGUGAGUAAAUUGGUCUGUGUACAUGUUAAAGCAUUUAAACAAAAUAUAUAUGUAUGUGAAAGGAAACAAUGACAUGAAGAUUGAAUUGAUAUUAUAAUAAUUAAGUUUCUUUAUGUGGGUUUAUGUGUUAACCCAUUGGCUUAUACAUAUU